UCUUCUCCCACCGCCUCCUUGCUUCUCAUCCUCUUCUGCAGGGAUUAUCUUGUGACAAUGCACCAGAGGUCUCUCUACCAGGGUCCCCCCAUGCACGGCAUGGCUGGUUAUGACACCCGUGGACCGCCACCCCGUGUAACAAGUGGCGGACCAAUGAGAGGACAUAGUCAAGUGCCCUUGAUGUAUGUCCAAGGUGGAAGAGGCAUGGAUGGCAGGGGCAUGAUAUAUCAAGGCAUGGAGCGCAGAGAGAUGGGAGAGAGGCACGUGGAGCCCACUAGAGGCAGGGAGCCCCAACGCAUGGAAUAUCAAGGCAUGGAGCGCAGAGAGAGGGACGUGGCGCCCACUAGCGGCAGGGGAGAGAUGGGAGAGAGGGACAUGGUGCCCACUAGAGGCAGGGAGCCCCGGCGCAUGGAAUAUCAAGGCAUGGAGCGCAGAGAGAGGGACGUGGCGCCCACUAGAGGCAGGGGAGAGAUGGGAGAGAGGGACAUGGUGCCCACUAGAGACAGGGAGCCCCAACGCAUGGAAUAUCAAGGCAUGGAGCGCAGAGAGAGGGACGUGGUGCCCACUAGAGGCAGGGGAGAGAUGGGAGAGAGGGACAUGGUGCCCACUAGAGGCAGGGAGCCCAGACACAUGACAUUUCAAGUCAUGGAGUGCAGAGUGAGGGACAGGGCGCCCACUAGAGGCAGGGGAGAGAUGGGAGAGAGGGACAUGGAGCCCCCUAGAGGCAUGAGGCCCAGAGGAAUGGAAUAUCAAGGGAUGGAGCCCAGAGGGGUGGAAUACGUGGUCAAGGUGCUCCCUAGAGGCAUGGAGCCACCUAGAGGCAUGAACUAUCAAGGCACACAGCCUCAUGGAAUAGAUCCCAGAGCCAUCAAUUAUCAAGGCAUGGAGCCCAGAUGGAGGGAAUACGUGGUCAAGGUGCUCCCUAUAGUCAUCGUGCCCCCCAGAGCCAUGAAUUAUCAAGGCACGGAGGCCAGACAGAUGGAAUUCUUGGUCAUGUUGCUCCCUAGAGCCAUGGAGCCAGCUAGAGUCAUGAACAAUCAAGGCACACAGCCUCAUGGAAUAGCUCCCAGAGCCAUAGAGCCUCCCCAGGGCAUGGAACCCAAAGCCAUAGAGCCUCCCCAGGGCAUGGAACCCAAAGCCAUAGAGCCUCCCCAGGGCAUGGAACCCAAAGCCAUAGAGCCUCCCCAGGGCAUGGAACCCAAAGCCAUAGAGCCUCCCCAGGGCAUGGAACCCAAAGCCAUAGAGCCUCCCCAGGGCAUGGAGCCAACGACUGGAGAAAUUCAAGGUCCUGGAGCUUUGAGCAAGGCAGCAACUGAUCUGCAGGAACCUCAACAGGUAUGUGGAGUAACCGUGUGCUGUUUCAUAUUCCCCAAUGGGUUCCUAGACACAUUCUUGGUGCCAGAACAUGAACAGCCUCAUAGGGUCAUGGCCAGACGAUUGGUAUAGUGAUUUAUUUCCCAAUGGAGAUGGGAGUGGGUAGGUGCAAUUUUCAUCAUUACCCCCAUUCUUUUUUGUUCCUGAGCAGC